AUGAAUGUGGCCUUUGUAUCCAAAAUUGAACCGAAGAAUGUUAAUGAUGCUUUGAAAGAUAAAAUUUGGUUCUUGGCAAUGCAAGAAAAGUUGAACCAAUUCAAAAGGAAAAAUGUGUGGGAGCUCAUUCAAAGGAAAAAUGCUCAACAAGUGAUAGAAACAAAGUGGGUCUUUAGAAACAAAAUGGAUGAUUCUGGAGCUAUCAUCAAGAACAAAGGAAGACUUGUAACAAAAGGAUAUAGCCAAGAAGAAGGCAUCAAUUAUGAUGAGACUUAUGCACCUGUGGCCAGACAUGAAGCAAUAAGAAUCCUACUUGCCGUUGCAUCAAUGCUGAACUUCAAGCUUUAUUAA